CAUAACAUACUAUCUCGACCUUGACAUCGAUGGUGAUGAAAAUUCUUUUGUAAAAGCAAACUUAAAAGUCAAAAAAGUCAACACAUCUCCAAGGAAGAGUUACUGGAAUGUCGUUAAGGAGACUGCAAAAACCGAAAACGAAGCAAGAAUUAGGCUCGGGUUAAAGGCAUCCGAGCUUUUAGUGGUGAACACAAAUAAGAAAACCAAAUUGGGAAAUGAUGUUGGGUAUCGGUUGAUGACAGGGCAGCCAGCUGUCUCUUUAUUAUUGGAUGAUGAUUAUCCACAAAUUAGAGCUUCUUACACUAAGUAUCAAGUGUGGGUGACUAGUUAUAACAAGUCCGAGAGAUGGGCUGCAGGGUUUUAUGCUGAUAGGAGCACAGGAAAAGAUGGAUUAGCUGUUUGGAGCCGAAGGAAUAGAUCGAUUAUAAACAAAGAUAUAGUUUUGUGGUACACUGUGGGAUUUCAUCACAGCCCCUGUCAAGAAGAUUUCCCAGUGAUGUCAACGUUAUCCAAUGGAUUCGAGUUAAAGCCUUCAAACAUUUUUGAAAGAAAUCCAUUGAUCAAGACUUGAAAAGAAGUUCGAGAAAUGCUUUAUCUCUUUCAUCAGGUUUCUAUGGUGUAACAGCUAGAAAGUAAGAACACAGUUGAAGAUUUCAGUAAUUAAUUGGACUUUCCUUAUUCUUUAUUUUCUGUUGUUUAAUCACGAGGCAAUCCAAAAUCAACUAACCAAGAAUCAGUAUUUUAAAUAGGACUAAUGUAUAGUAUUUCGUUGGGCUCUCAUUACGCUUUCACCGUUGCCUUCAAACAAAAUUUUGAUUCUUACAACAUCAAGUCGUCGCAAAGAACAAACAAAAAAAAAAGCACAGGUUACUAUGAUAAUUCGAACAGCCAUAGGUCAAAUUCGCAACCCUGGGAG